UUCAGUUUCACUAGCCUCAAAAUUCAGUUCAUUUCUGUUGUUUCUGUGUCAUCCUUGAUCUGCAAAAUUCCUCCUUUAUGGAUAAUCAAUUCUCUUUGAAUGCUGGGGUGUUCCAUCCCCUCCACUUUGAACCUUCACCUUCACCUUCACCACCUUCUUCUAUGCCCACAUGGCAUUCACUAUCUGCAUCAGCAAUGGAAAUUCAAUCAACAGUUCUGAAUUGCUCCCCUGAGCAAACCCAUGAUUGCUUUUACAACCCCACAUGGGACAAGUCAAUGGAUCAUGGUCUUCAGUUUGAUUCUGCACUGAGUUCAAUGGUUUCAUCCCCUGCAUCAUCCAAUCCCAACAUGAUGUCAAAUGAGAAUUUCAUGAUGAGGGAAUUGAUAGGGAAAUUGGGAAAUAUUGGUAGCACUGAUGAGAUCUCACCACAUUCUCAACCUUUGGUUAUGCCAUCUUCUUACAUUAAUGACAAUAACAGCACCAACACUUCAUGUUAUAGCACCCCUUUGAGCUCUCCUCCAAAGCUCAACAUUACCCCAGUGAUGAACCACUUGGUGAAAGAGAAUUUUCCCAGUUUGGGAGGAAAAUCAAUUGGUUUGAAUACCAGUGUGGCUGAAUUCUCAGCUGAUCCUGGGUUUGUUGAAAGGGCUGCAAAGUUUUCUUGCUUUGGUAGCAGGAGUUUCAAUGGCAGGAGUAGCCAAUUGGUGAUGAACAAUGCUGAAUUAGCUUUGAGAUCUGCUCAAGUAAUGGAAAGAGAGAAACUUUCUAGAGUCUCAAGUAGCCCAUCACUCAAAACAUUUGGAUCUCAAAUGGGUGCACAGGAGAACAAGAAUUCUCCAUUGCAGGAUCAGGAGAGAAUGGAAGUAGCUAAUUCUCAAGAGGAAUCUACAAUAUCUGAGCAAACCCCAAACGGGGAAACAGGAAUGAAAACUUGUCAUGAUAUGAAUUCCAGGAAAAGAAAAGCUUCUUCCAAAGGAAAAGCCAAAGAAACUUCAAACUCUACCAAUCCAACCAAGGGUGUUAAAGGUGCUGAAGACUCAAAUGCAAAGCGCAGCAAGUCAAAUGAAAAUGGCCAAGUGAAGGUUGAGGAAGAGUCCAAAGAAGGUACUUCUAAUGAUGCAGGGGAAGAGAAACAGAACAAUAGUAACUCCAAACCUCCUGAGCCUCCAAAAGAUUACAUUCAUGUGAGAGCAAGAAGGGGUCAAGCUACUGAUAGCCAUAGUCUUGCAGAACGUGUAAGGAGGGAGAAAAUCAGUGAGAGGAUGAAGCUUCUACAAGAUCUUGUACCAGGUUGCAACAAGGUCACUGGUAAGGCACUUAUGCUUGAUGAAAUUAUAAACUAUGUUCAGUCAUUGCAGCGUCAAGUUGAGUUUCUGUCUAUGAAAUUGGCUAAUGUUAACCCAAGGAUGGAUCUUAGUGUUGAGAAUCUUGUAUCAAAGGAUAUAUUUCAAUCAAAUAAUUCUUUGGCACAUCCAAUGUUCCCAUUAGAUUCCUCAACACCAGCCUUUUAUGGGCACCAGCCCCAGCAAAACUCAGCUAUCCACAAUAACAUUCCUAAUGGAACUGUGACCCACUCUUUAGUGGACCCAUUAGACACUUCUUUGUGCCAAAAUUUUGGCAUGCAGUUACCUUCCCUUAAUGGGUUUAAUGAAAGUGGCUCUCAGUAUCCAUUAACAUUCUGUGAGGAUGACCUGCAUACCAUUGUUCAGAUGGGGUUUGGCCAGACUACAAACAGGAAAACACCAUCACAGUCCCCAAGUUUCAACGGUUCAAAUCAAGCACCCCAAAUGAAAGUUGAGCUUUGAUCUCCUUUCUUUACGCCUCAAUUAAUGCCCAGAGGAGUAGGAAGAUUGCUGUAUACAACAAAAGAUUCAAUUCCAACAACCCCAUGAAUUAUUAAGCC